AUGGCUCGCACCAGAACGCCUGCAAAAAGGCUAAGAGUCUCAGAGUCCAGCGAAACAGAUACUGAUGAUGGAAAGUUGAUGGAUUUGACGCGUUCUGAUGCAGCGGAUGAUGAGGCUGCUGUCAAGGCGAAGGGACUUGUCCACAGCCAAUUCCUCAAUCCUGCAUACAGCGAUCUCUCCAUCAUCUGCGGUGACAAGCUCUUUCCGGCUCAUCGAAUCAUCGUCUGUCCUCAGUCAAACUAUUUCGAGGUUGCCUGUAAGGCGAACUUUGAGGGAGAGAAAGGCGAAGUCAAAAUAAACGACCGGGACGCGACCUUGGUGAGAAAGAUGCUGCAAUUUGUCUACACAGGCGAUUAUACUUGUGAUAUUCCUCCAGAAACAGGAGGAUCGGUGACAGCGACGCAUUUAACUCCCACUGUCGACGCGGAAGAAGAGAAAGGCGCCCCAGUUCUUGUUCCUGAUUCACACUUCCACGCUCAGAUGUAUGCCGAAGGCGACUAUUUUCAGAUCGAGGGUCUAAAAGCUAAGGCGAAGGAACGCUUUGAGAAGACAUUCCUCAGAACCUUAGAAAAAGAUUCCUUUGUCGCGACUGUUGGUGAGGUGUACACCUCAACAGCAGAGAAUGAUCGGGGCCUCAGAGACAUUGCCGUCCAACUGACGAGACAUAACCUGCCACAUCUGAGGACCGGGCAAAAUCCGAUUCUAAGUGCUCACCUUUUGGAACGUCUUCCUCAGUUCAUGUUGGAAAUUUGCGUUUCCACUAUGGACGAAUGUGCUAGGUACCAGAAGCACAGUCCAGCUUGGGCCAAGCAACAAUCCCGAUUUUGGGAUAGUCGGGGAUAA